AUGUAUUGCUACACAUAUUGCCAUUAUUUAAACUUAAAUGAUUUUAUUAUUAUUAUUUUUUUAGGCUCUGAUGUUGCCAAACCCAAAGUGAAAGAAGUAUCUACAAGUAGGAAAAAACCAGAAGUUACACAAUCUCCAAUACAAAAAUAUGUUGAUAAAAUUGGUCAAGGUUUGGGAUUGGUUUCAAAUGCUGAAACCACUCCUCCCUCAUCCAAAUCACAAAAAAAGAAAAAAAAUCAAAGAAAAGAUUCUGAAACAUCGAGCGAAGAAGAAAGAUGGUUGGAUGCUAUACAAUCUGGAAAAUUAGACGAAGUAGACGAAGAAUUAAAAAAAAUAAAACCAAAGGAUCCCAAAUUAAUGACUGCUAGACAAAGAGCCAUGUUGGAAAGAAAAACGGAUAAAGAACCUGAAGAACAACUUAUGUCGCUUCCAUCAGGUUAUAAAGAAGUUGUUAUGACUGCUGAAGCGAUACAACGUAAAGCAAUCAAAUCACAAAAACGAAAACAAAUGGCUGAUGAAAAAAGGGAAAAGGAUAAAAAAAAAACAAUGGAAAGAUUAUUAAAAAAACAAGAUUCUAAAACGAUUAAAUCCGGUGCGAAAAAAAUAACGAGAAAAUCAACACCGCAAAUUGUUUACGUGAAUUCUCAAACGGAAACUAAAAUAAUCGUUCCCAACGGUUAUGAUUUUCCAUUGACUUAUUCGAAACCUAGAGAACCACCGAUGAGAAUGAAAUGUUCUGUGGAUGGAUGCGAAAACGACAAAAGAUAUUCGUGUUCGAAAACGGGUUUUCCUCUCUGCAGUUUAAAUUGUUACAAAACUAAUUUACUCAGGAUACAAGAUAUGCUUUGA